GGACGCAGUCACACUGCUUCUAGAACAAAAAAAAACGAUUCGCGAAUUGGUGAAAACGCCGCUGUGGAAAUUCUGCCAGCCGAAUGAAAACCCCGCGGUGGUGGGUGCGGGCGAAUUGCAAACGGAGCGUAAGAUAAAAGGCACGGCUAGCUGAGAGGCGUCACGUAGACGACGGCCGACUGAUCGAUAUUCAAUACAGGCGCAGGGCAGCACACACACGGACACGCGUGUGUGUCGCCACACACACACAAACACAUGGAGAACACUCGAGGUGGCGAAAAUAAUGUAGAAUUGGCCAACGGCGGCAAGGACUUGGCCAAGGAGUUCCAGGAGCAGAAGGAUAUUGCCGAAAAACCGGCGGAGAAGAGCCUGGAAGAGGCGGGCGAGGCUUCCAGGCAGCGGGAAACGCCUGGAAAGGGGGUAAACAACGAGGCGGCGGUGGAAAACAACAACGCAAAUGCCCGCGGAAAUGCCAGUCCAACAACUACAAGCGCAGAGGAGGCAGCAACAAAAGCAAAUACUUUAGUAGAAGCAGCCGAAACAACAACAACUGCAACUACAAGCAACAACACGUUACCCAUACAACAGCAGCAGCAACAACAAUUGCAGUCAGGCGAUGGGAAUGCAAAUAACACAACAACAAAAGCAAUAACAAAGCUAGAAGAACCUGAAAAAGAAGAAGCAGCUACGUCGGUAGUAGUAGUAGUGCCAGCAGCAACAACAACAACAACUGCCUUGGCAGAGACAACAAAUACAGACGAGAAGACAGAUGAGCGCAAUCACAAAAGGAAGAAGAGAGAUAAGGAGCGGGAUGAAGAUAAGAAUCGGCGCAGUAGCAACAACAACAGCAGCAGCAAGGAUCGCGACAGGGAGCGAGAGCGAGAGAGGGAUAAGGAGCGGGAGAGGGAACGGGAGCGCGACAGGAAUCGCGAGAGUAGCUCCAAAACCUCCAAGGAGAGGGAGGGCGACCACAAGUCCAGUUCCUCUCGCAGCAAAGAGAAGAAGUAUCAUCGUAGCGAUAGAGAGAGGGAAAGGGAGAGAGAUCGGGAUCGGGAGAAGAUUCCCUCCUCAUCGUCCAGCUCAUCCUCGCACUCGCAUCGCCGCCGGAGUUCGGAUAGCAGCAGAAGCAGUCAGAACAGCUCAACCAAGCCCAAGGAUCCAGUGGCGGAUCCUGCUCUGCCGCAAGCGGUGGCUGCUGCCCUAGAGCAGCAAAUUAAAGUGGAGCAGAUAAUCAAAAAAGAACCAGUUGAAACCAAACUAGAAGUGGCAGCACCAGUACUUACUAACCUCAUCAAAACUGAAGCGGAAAUCAAAAAGGAAUCAACAGCGGAGCCAGCAAAGCCGUUUGUAAAUGGAGAGGCGGCAGCAAAGACUCGAGAGGAGGUCACCAGACAGCUAAAUUUUGGCGAGAAGACCCCCAAUUCCAAGCUGAUGCCGUCGCCGGCACCGAAAACCAGUUCCGGAUCAAACUCCUCAGCCAGCAAUCAUUCCUCCAGCCAGAGCAGCAGCAAUCGCAAAAACUAUACGUCGUCGUCGUCAUCGUCCUCUUCGUCCUCCAACAACCAUCAUAAGAGUUCCUCAUCGUCAUCUUCCCGUCAUUCUUCCUCCUCUUCAUCCUCGUCAUCUCGGGACUGUUCCAAGUGCUACAAGCGCUCGAAGAUCCGGCGAAGCAGUGUGGGCGUUCAGUGCCUGCAACAUGCACCGGCAGCAGGACCCUGGCAAACUGUUCAGAGUCUGCCGCCAAGGCCCAACCGUAAACCGCCGGCUGGCUUGGAGAACCUUAAGUACGGCUGCUACUUCCAGGUGGAGCAGUAUCCCAAUGGCGGGGCCUCCAUUGUUCACCUGUAUCAGCAUGAAAUUGAUGCUCUGCCGCCGGAUGAAAUGGAGGAGCUGGUGGACGAGUUUUUCGAGGUCUGCUUCGCGGAGGAUGAACAGGGCUAUGCCCACCAUGUGAUGGGCAUUGUACACGAUGCGGCGCGGUGUCUGCCCGAUCUGCUCGAGCACAUGGCCGAGAACUACUCAACGCUGACGGUAAAGGCGGGAGUUCUUGGGCGCAAUUCUGACAUAGAAACCUGCACGAUGUCGCAAUAUAAUGAACAGGUGGUUCGCAAUUAUUGCCAAGGAACCUUUCGUUACGGACCCUUGCAUCAGAUUAGUUUGGUUGGAAAAGUGCAUGAAGAGGUCGGCGGCUAUUUUCCGGAUCUCCUGGGCCGCAUUGAAAUGAAUCCAUUCUUAAGAAAGACCAUGCCUUGGGCUUGUAAUUCCAUACUUCAAACGGAUCCCCGUCAGUCGAACGAUGGUCCUAUCCUCUGGAUUCGCGCUGGAGAGCAGUUAGUGCCCACUGCAGAGCUGAAUAGCAAGACCCCGCUCAAAAGGCAGAGAACUCGUAUCAACGAGCUGCGCAACCUUCAAUACCUGCCUCGCUUGUCGGAGGCCCGUGAGACGAUGAUCGAGGAUCGGACUAAGGCGCAUGCGGAUCAUGUUGGCCAUGGCCACGAACGCAUCACCACCGCUGCAGUUGGUAUUCUAAAGGCUGUGCACUGUGGGCAGAGUUACACGCAGAACCGCAUCACCAAAGACGUGGUCGCUUUUGCCGCCCAGGACUUCAAUACAAUGGUAGAAAUGCUGCAGCUGGACCUGCACGAGCCCCCGAUCUCGCAGUGCGUGCAGUGGAUCGAGGACGCCAAGCUGAACCAGCUGCGCCGCGAGGGUGUUCGCUAUGCGCGCAUCCAGUUGUGCGACAACGACAUAUACUUUUUACCCCGCAACAUAAUCCACCAGUUUCGCACUGUAACGGCGGUGACCAGCGUUGCUUGGCAUCUGCGCCUUCGACAGUAUUAUCCGGGCCAGGAGGUGAUUAACGAGAAAAAUAACCCAGUGCUUGCCGAAACGCCGCAUUACAAGGAGAAGCAAACGAUCCUGCCCAACCCGAUUAGCCACGACGAAUGUGGAAAGAAGACGCCCUCAAAGCGAGCCCACGAUGGCAGGACGAAGAAGAAGCUGAUUGACCUCGAUGGCAAGGAGCGUCGUUCCAGCGAGAGCAGCAUUGACGAGCAUCCAUCGGCAGGAAGUUCCUCGCCGAGUCAGAAUCAGGAAAGCAACAGUAACAGCAACAGUAGCAGCCAGAGCAGCGCCAGUGGGGCUAGUACUCCCAAAAAGAAGGCCAGCAAAGAUGACUCCAAGAUUGAUAUGAGGAAAAUGGUCUUGGAGCACAAAUAUAAGCUGACCAAAGCGGCGGAGAAGGAGAAGCCCAAGAAGGAUAAAGAGAAGGAAAAGUCUAGGGAGAAGGAUAGGGAUAAGGAAAAGGAGAAGGAAAAGGAAAGGAGGAGCGAGACUCCCAAGAAACACACAACGCCAGCGAAGAGCAGCUCCAUAAGCGAACCCUCGCCUGCCAAAAUUCCUCGUCUAAGCAAUGACACAACUUCCAAUUCACCUGCUCCCAUUUCCACAGUUGUUCCCACAGCAGCUUCCACUACUGCACCACCUAUUCCCACACUACCUGUAGCUGUUGCACCAUCUAUCCUGUCGGGACUGCCACCGCCACUUGUGCCUCAGACGCCCUUCAUUCAUCGGCUAAACCAAAAGGAGCCUGAGAUCAAGAUCCAAGUGAAAAUCGUGUCCGAUAGCAAAAGUGAUAUCAGUACCUGCAGUCCAGCAGCGCCACCACCUCCGCCGCCGCCGCCGCCACCGCCCCCUCCGGAUCCUGUUGAGGAAAUCCUGGUGGGAAACGAGCUAAUUGUGGAAAGUACACCCCAACUAAUCGUUGAUCACGAGGAAGAGGUCACCGAAGUGUGUGCGGAGGAGAUUGUGGAAAUGGAUAUACCGAUUCCCAAGGAAACUGGCUCAUCUGUGGAUCCCACAUCACUAACUUCUAGUUCCCCUGCUCCCUUACCCUUUUCCGUACUUCAUCCACCGCUGCCAGUUGCUGCUGCUCCACCUCCACCGCCACCCACACAAAUUGUUAAAGUGGUUCUCCCAGCCUCUUUGACGCCCCUAACCAGAAUGUCAGUGGUUUUGCCACCCUUGCCGCCAUUGCCGCCUUCGCGGACAACAGCACCACCGCCACCACCACCGCCGCCCAGCAAUAAAAGCAGCGCCAACAUAGCAGCCACAGUUUCCCCGCUAAAACCCACCUACAAAACCAUUAGUUUGCCCUCACAUAAGAUCAUCAUCGCAGGCACCGCGGGAGGAAAUCGCGUUUCCAUGGCAAAAGCGGCGACUAAGAGACCUGUGGACCUUUUGGGAUCCAUCAUGGCCAGCAUGGACAAGCCAGCGGGGAGUGGCUCCAAUAGUAACUCCUCAUCAUCGACAUCCUCGGCAACAACGAAUAGUUCGCUCUCCUCGUACACCAACUCCAACAAUAGCUUCUGAAAUUGCAAGGAGGAAUGGAAGGAGAGCGAAAGUAGAGGCUCCUAUUUGGACUUUAUGUGAAACUAUAUAUUUUGUAAAUUUAAAGGCCACUCGGAAUUCCGUUUAACGGAUUCUGAAAUGCUAAAUCCUUUUCAGGGAGAUCUUAACGCUGAAUGUGUAUCGCUC